AUGUCUUCCGAAUUAUCCGUUGCCUUGUACAAAGGAGGCGUGUACCUCCACUGCGCUCUCUUCAUUGAUGGACCCGGCCCUAAGGGAAAAGUUAUCCUCCAUGCCACCGGCUCCACAGGCCGAUAUAAGUUUGAGCAAAAGGAGUCGGAUCCUCGACAAUCAGCACACCUCGUCGAACUGAUUUAUCUCUGCCAUGUGAAAGACUCUGAUAUCCCUGCGAUUGAAGACGCCGGCAAAAAUGCAGUUAUACACAACGAGUUCCCAGGUUAUAACUGCCAAAACUAUGUCAUUGAGCUUUUGGAGGAUUUGGGGGCGAAAGAAAUCAUCAACGGCAAUGAUAAAAUCUAG